CGAGAAAACAUUUUAUUGUAUGCAAAAGUUAAUACGAGCAGAAGAAAUAUCUAGAGAUCGGGAGAACAGAUAGAGUACCUCAACAUCUUGUUGCAUCUGAUAAAGAGCAUGACAAGACCCCUUUGCAAGUUUACAGAAAAGGGGACAAAUGAUCAAGCGUACAAAUACUGAAGCUGAAGUACGUACUCGUCUAAAAUGGGUCCUUGGAAGAGGUUCAGUGUAGGCGUUGCUACUGGAAACAGUAUUGCUUGGACAAUAUAGAGAAAUGCUCGCUUGCAUCGGUGUAAUAUGAACAACUCCGAGUAUUACUACCUGCAGCUCCUCCCGAACGUCACCUACAACGUCGAUGCGGACGCGAACUGGACUUCCGCGGUGAAUUCCAGCGGCGGGUAUGCGGACGAAGCGGCAGACGCCUGGGCCAAAUGGAGUCAGCUCAUCGAGGAUAGAGCGCUUGUGGUCACGUUGCUGUUACUCUUUUCGGCCUGUACGGUUUUCGGAAAUACUCUGGUCAUAUUGGCCGUCGUUAGAGAAAGGUAUCUUCACACACCAACAAACUACUUCAUCGUCUCACUAGCAGUAGCCGACUGCUUGGUGGGUUUGGUGGUGAUGCCCUUUAGUGCCCUCUAUGAGGUGCUUGGACACACGUGGUUCUUCGGAGCCGAAUGGUGCGAUGUGUGGAGAAGCUUGGACGUUCUUUUCAGCACAGCUUCCAUUCUCAAUCUUUGUGUCAUCUCGUUGGAUAGAUACUGGGCGAUAACAGAUCCGAUCGCCUACCCGAUGCGUAUGACCAAAGUGAAGUCCGCCAUCUUGAUAGCCGGCGUUUGGGUAUGCAGUAGCGCUAUCUCGUUCCCGGCUAUCGCUUGGUGGCGAGCAGUCCGCACUGCGCCCAUUCCUGCUUUCCAAUGUCCCUUCACGGAGCAUCUCGGCUACCUGAUCUUCUCUUCCACAAUUUCCUUCUAUCUUCCGCUCUUCGUGAUGCUGUUCACCUACUUCAGGAUCUACAGAGCAGCCGUGGCCCAGACGAGGUCGCUGAGGCUGGGCACCAAGCAGAUUCUGCUCGGAUCUGGGGAGCUGGAACUCACGCUCAGGAUCCACAGAGGUGGUGGGACAACAUGCAAAGCUCAACAAGAUGCUAAGCAGCUGUAUACUUGCGGUGAGGAUGAGCCAUUGACAGCUUUACAAAACAAUGGCUUAUCUAGGCACACAUCUACAAGGUUCAACCCGCACAACAAAAACUUCUCACUGAGUCGCAAGCUGGCGAAAUUCGCCAAAGAGAAGAAGGCCGCCAAGACUUUGGGUAUAGUGAUGGGUGUGUUUGUGAUAUGCUGGUUGCCGUUCUUCGUUGUUAACCUGCUGUCCGGGUUCUGCAUACAGUGCAUCAGCAAUGAGAAGAUCGUUUUGGCCAUAGUCACGUGGUUGGGAUGGAUCAAUUCCAGCAUGAAUCCUGUCAUAUACGCGUGUUGGAGCAGGGACUUCAGAAGAGCGUUCUUGAGGAUUCUCUGCGUCUGCUGUCCUAGAUCAAUCAGGAAAAAGUACCAACCAGUAUUCAGGAGUAAGGCUAGUCAGAUGCACGAAUGCUCAUAUUGUUGCGGAAAGCGAUAGUGUUUUCUACUGUAUAAGCACAGAGACUGUCAUCGCAGCGCAACUACAGCUCGUACUCGUUGAGGCACAAUUCGUGCGAGCAGACGUACAUAUAGCAUACGGCCCCCGCACCAUCCGCAUCCAACCAUCACCAUUACAACCACCAUCACCAUCAUCGGUCCGUUGGAAUGGAGAUUGCGUCCAGCCUCCCUUUCACUCGAUCAACGUCCC